UGGCCGCCAUGUGCGUUAGUAGAUAAUGGCAUAAUAUGUACAUUCUGCGCUUUUUAGCCGGUAAACGAGCUUUGUAUUCUAAAAUUUUCCUUUAUAUCGGUCAAAUGGAGUCAUCUAAAGUAAGGAACGCGACUAUCACUUCCUUUACGACUCUUUCUAACGCUAGUAAGCGUAAAAUUGAUCUUGGGGAACCCAAAUCUGAUAGAGGCCGAGAAAUCGAAGUCAGACCGUCACGCUUAUAUUCUGUUAUUGGAACAGUAAGUCUUUCACUCCUUAUGUUUAUAAGAUGGUUCCUUGGCAUUGUUUUCCUUGGUCCAACUCAACAGUUAAAUAGAACGUUUGAUCGCAAAAUACCGUCAAAAAACUCCGCCUCCAACCAAGAAUCGAAACCGAAGACUAUGCGUGGUUUCAUACUUGAUGAUGUGGCAUCAUGUGACAAACUCUUGCAAUCCUACAGGUCACAGUAUCCUCUUAAAUUGAAUUUUCUUGGAAUAGAUUGCGAGUGGGUAAAUAUUAAACAUCAGAAAAACUCUCCGGUUGCAUUAUUACAGAUUGCAACACCCUUGUCUGAUUGCUUCCUUAUUCGUUUGUGUAAAAUGGAUGGCCAAAUGCCUGAAUCAGUAAGAGACAUUCUAGAAGAUAAGACUAUUCUUAAAUUCGGCGUUGGAAUAAUGGACGAUGCCAAGAGAUUGUCAGGGAUGUGUGGUAUUGAUGUGUCUGGCUGUGUGGAUCUGAGACACGUGAUUCAGAGAUGCCGAGAGGGGAACAUUGUCCAGUCUAGAAAUCAGAAGAUGAGCUUGGAUGCCUUAGCUAAGAGAGUUCUUGGUGUGACCAUGGACAAGUAUUGGAGAAUUCGCUGUAGCAACUGGGAGGCAGAUGAGUUUGAAAGAAGGCAGAUUGAGUAUGCAAUGAAUGAUGCCAUGGUCGGGAGUCAUAUUUUUCUUAGAUUGGUAAAAUCUAAACUGGAUGCACGAAAAAUGGUGAGAUCUGUAGUCACACCAGCUGGGGAACCUGUCAAUGUGAAAAAGAGUUUGAGCACACAUUCUGGAUCUGUGUUGCACGAAGAGAGCAUCAGCAUGGUUGGUAAUCAAGAAAAUUAUUUCCAGAUGCAAUGCUGUGAUUCUAGAAUGUGUGAUCAUGUUGAACAGAAGCUUAAAGAAUACAACAAUGGUUUUAUUUUUGACACAGAGGAGCUUGAUGUUUUAACCUUUACAGCAGAUCUAAAAAAGUUGGAGUCAGGACAUGAUGAUGACAAAGGAUAUCUUUGUCAAGAGGAAGUCCUUUCUCUUCUACAAGAUUCAGUCUUUUGUCAAAGAGCUAGUUCACUCUGUCAAGGAGUUGUUGAUGUAUCAUUUAAGAAUGUAGAAAGUAUCACAGACAAGGAUAAAGGCAAAAAGCAAGAAAACGUGACAGAAAUGCAUAACAGGAAGCCUUACAAAAGAGGUACCAUUAGAAAAUCCCCUCUUUACAUGAACUGCAUGCUGGCUGCACCUGAUGGAUCAAGGUUGUGUACUCUGGAUCGCAAGAAGGCUGAUUGGUAUAUUGAAAAGGGAAUUGGCAAGCUGACAAACCUUGACCCAUACACAGUCCAGCUCAACUUUGAACCCUCAGGAAGGCCUGGGUCAGAGGAUUCUUAUUACCUCAAUUUUAAAGACAAUAUUUGUGUUGUGUGUGGUAGUGAUAAGAGUUAUUUGAGGAAAAAUAUUGUUCUUCACGACUACCGCAGAUACUUUCCACUAGUCUUGAAAGAUCAUCAUUCCCACGAUGUGUUACUUAUGUGCUCUGAAUGCCAUCGUCUUUCCGCAUUUCACGAUGACAAGUUGAGGAAAGAGCUGGAAAGGAAGUACAAUGCCCCUUUGGGAAAUGCCAGUGUGGCCCGCCUCGUGGAAGAUCCCGAUCUAAAGAAAGUGAAAUCAGCUGCAAAAGCUUUGAACUAUGCUGGACAAAACUUGCCUUCAGCCAGGCAUGAACAACUCACUUGCAUUGUCCAAGAACAUUUUAAGACCUCCAGUUUGACUCCUGAAAUGAUUCAAGAAGCUGCAACAAUGGAAACUCGGAAAGAGAAUUCGAAUUAUGUGUCUCAUGGGCAAGAAGUCGUGAAAAAGAUCCGGGAAGAGGGAAAAUUGCUCGAGUUUGAGAAAAUGUGGAGACAGCACUUUUUGGACACGAUGCGCCCGCGUCACCUGCCACCUUUGUGGUCUGUUGACCAUCGUCAUGAUAGUUUAAAGGAAAAAAUUGAGGAUUUAAACGACAGCUGAUGAAAAUAUUAUUCUCUCCUCCACUGGAAAAGAAUAGAGAUAAAGAACCGUCUAUCAUGAAAAUAUUUAUAGAAUAAGCAGUUUUCAAAGAAUGCUUAAAGGUUGCUGUAGUAACUGCUAGCAGACAGCUGACAAUUUAUGUGACCUCUUAGUGAUAAAGGUAGUUGGUCUAAACGCAUCACGUGAACA